CACGGCGAGUUCAACCACAUAUCAAAUGGGUCACCGGAUUUCACCUCCUCUGCCAUUAACAACACGCUUGCCCCUUCUUCACAAUUCUUCUUGUUUCAUUAACAAUCUCGCCCUACUUUCAUCACCAGUGACACACAAAUCAAUUUGCUCACCACCAACAAGAUCGUUGUUAUCUUACUACAAACGCUCGAGCUAUGGAACUGAGAAGAACACGAGAUUGUGUAGACCCAGGGUUUCUUUCUUUCAGUUAUUUUCGACCAAAAGUGAUGGCUGUGAGAGUCUUAAGAAGGAGCUACUUGAUACUAUAGCCCCACUCGAUCGCGGUGCCGAUGCUAACCCUGAACAACAGGAUCGCGUUGAUCAGAUUGCACGUAAACUUGAAGCCAUCAAUAAGGUAAACCAGCCACUUAAAUCUGACUUGCUGAACGGAAAAUGGGAGCUUCUAUACUCAACAUCUCAAUCAAUCCUGCAAAUGAAGAGGCCUAAAUUCUUACGAGCAAAUGGAAAUAUUUAUCAGGCAAUCAAUGUGGACACUCUUAGAGCACAAAAUAUGGAAACUUGGCCGUUCUUUAACCAGGCUACUGCUAAUCUAGUUCCUCUUAAUGAGAAAAGGGUGGCGGUCAAGUUUGAUGCUUUUAAAGUGCUUGGUCUGAUACCUAUAAGAGCUCGUGGAAGUGGUCGUGGUCAACUGGAGAUAACAUACUUGGAUGAUGAGUUAAGGAUAUCAAGAGGCAAUGAAGGAAAUUUGUUCAUAUUGAGAAUGGUGGAUCCAACAUAUAGAGUCCCUAUUUAGUUUCUUCGCCUACAAGAGCUGCUGGCUUUUCGAAUGGGAGUUUUCUUGCAUCAUCGUUUUGCUCGAUUUUUAAGAUCUGCAUGCAUUCUACCCUUCUACACCUUACGGAUGGAAUAUACUGGUUUUGUAUUCUUUUGUUGGUUAAUGCCAAGAUUUAGUACAGUUUGACCAUAUCUAGAAGGUCAAAUAUGUAAUUUCACUUUGACCAUGGAAGGUCAGAUGUACAGUCAAGUUAUUCUUUGUACAUAGGACACAAAGGCAUGCUUAAAAUAGAGGCCUAUCGUGAUCUCG